UCACACUUGGCUGCAUCUACCAUGACUAUUGUGUUGUUGGUGCUGGCCCUGGUGGCCUUCAGGUCGGCUACUUCCUUCAGUCUUCUGGGCGAGAUUAUAUUGUCUUUGAAAGAUCUAACAAAUCAGGAAGCUUCUUUGAACUGUAUCCUAGACACAGAAAGCUUAUCAGUAUAAACAAAAGAAACACUGGGAAGAAGAAUAUAGAAUUCAAUCUCCGCCAUGACUGGAACUCCUUACUGUCUCAUGAUGAAAGCCUAAAGGUGACCAAGUACUCCCGAGAGUUGUUUCCUAAUGCUGAAAUCCUUCUGGACUAUUUAAAUGACUUCCAGCACAAGUUAAGUAUAAAUGUACAGCUGAAUACGAAUAUUGAAAACAUCCAUAAAGUGCCGAAUGCCACUGCACCUGAUGGUCAUGUUUUCCAGAUGAAUGAUCAGAGAAACCAGUGUUACACUUGCAGAACACUGAUUAUGGCAACAGGAAUUUCCACUCCAAAUAUUCCACAAGUGCAGGGCAUUGAACUGGCUAAAGGCUAUGAAUCUGUUUCUAUAAACCCUGAGGAUUAUGAAGCAAAAACUGUUCUGAUAUUAGGUCGAGGCAAUGCAGCAUUUGAGUUUGCUGAUGCUAUCUAUGGCUCUUCAAAUCUGAUUCACAUGAUUUCCCGUUCUCGUGUCAGACUCUCCUGGGCCACACAUUAUGUAGGAGAUCUACGUGCUGUCAAUAAUGGAUUGUUGGACACCUAUCAGUUGAAGUCACUAGAUGGCCUCAUGGAAGGAUCACUAUCAAAGGCAGUCUUCACACAGAAAGGAAAGAAAAUAUAUCUCACUCCACAUCCGAGUGUUGCAAAAGCCUACGAUGUUGAUAAUUUUUCCUUGCGAGAGCCGUAUGAUGUUGUGAUUAGGGCUUUGGGAUUUAAAUUUGAUGACACUGUAUUCAAUAAUACAGUUAUCACUCGUGGCAAAGCUCGAGCCAAAAAGUAUCCAGCCAUUGACUACAAUUACGAGUCUGUGGACUUAAAAGGGUUGUUCUAUGCAGGUACUGCAUCUCACUCCUUGGACUUCCGCAAAUCUGCAGGUGGAUUCAUCCAUGGAUUUAGAUACACAGCUCGAGCCUUACACCGGCUACUGGAAUGGAGGUAUGAAGGAGUUGUGUGGCCCUCAGUAACCUUUCCCAGGUCACAGCUGAUCAAUAUCAUCCUCAAGAGGAUCAAUGAAGCAUCUGGCAUUUACCAAAUGUUUCAGUGUCUUGGUGAUGUUGCAGUCCUUUCAAGUGAUCAGAAGACAGUAACUUACAUAGAAGACUUCCCUAUCAAUCUGCUGCAUCAGUUUCCUCAGCACACUGGCAUUGAUGCCACAUCUGUUCUAGUUUUGGUCAUGGAGUAUGGUCGCAAUUUCUCAGGACCAGGAAAUGAUAUUUUCCGUGCUGGGCGAGCAACUGGGGAACCUGCUGAAGCCCAUGCUUCCAACUUUCUUCAUCCAGUGGUAUAUUACUACAGUUCCUUGCCUACAGAAAAAAUGAUGAGGAUGAAAAGAUCAAAAGACACAUUGCCAAGACCAGACAAAGUCCACCACAUUGUGGAAGAUUUUCACACACAUUGGAAUGCAGUGCUCAGUCAUGUACUUCCUUUGCGGCGAUUCCUUGAAGAAGUUUGGCAGACAGACCUCCGGACAUUUUUCUCACAAGUCUGUUUCCAAUUGGUCAUGAUGUAUGAUAAUGUACCAGAGUAUUGUAGUGAGCAUUACCUAAAUGACCAAGGAUUUUAUGGCACGAGUCAGAUGGUGCAGGUGGCUGCUUCUCAUGGUUUAGUGGAUGCGUUGUAG